GUCCCUGGGAGUGUGCCUGCCCAGGAGAGCACAGCAGGGAGCGCAAGGCAGGUGAUCACUGCGAGAUCUGGGUUUGUUCCUGUACGUGGUGAAGGAGCUGUUCUUGCUGCACAGUUUCUCCAGGCAACCUCAUGGUUAAAGAUGCAUAAACAAUAUGCAUUUGCCUUGCUUGCAUAAUUCCUAGGGGAUUAACAUGCCCCAGUAGAAACAGCUUCUCUCUACUCCUCCUGUGCAGAGUAGCAGGGGAAUCCAAAGAGUUUAUUGAUUCAGACAUGUUCCUUAAUUCGUGCCAUAUCUGUAGAGGCCUGACGGCCAUUAGCCAUCUGCUAUGAGCGGUGAUGCCUGCACAGACUUAUCUGCAUUUCUUUAUGAUCUGUCAUGUUGAUGGGUUCAGAUGCUUUUUGUGUAUGUGCACAUUUUUUCAAAGGGUUCGUAGCCAGUAUAUUCCUGUCUUGCUUACCAGAGGCAGGGAGGGAGUUCUACCUUCUUUUAAGAGCUAGCAAAUGGGAUCCACAUUUAACCUGAGUGCCUUUGAAUACAUAUUAAGGUUUAUAUCUAACAAAAGGAUCAUAACUCUAUGCAUCUCAGUGGGAAUAAUGCGGAUUUCUGUUGGAGAGAUUUUGUGAAUAGAUGAGGACAACUUGGGUCAGACAUCAGUGAGAGCUAUCUGCAAAGUAGGGAGCCAGGUUGAACUUUUGGCUACGUUAUUGAAUUCCUGAGGUAUCAGAUAAGUAAGAAUUGCAGACAUACUGUAUUUUCCCACUUGUUUGUUGAGGCACAGAGCAGCAUCUGCAUGAAUGAGGAGAAACCUCCACUAAGGAGAGCUCCAGGAUGCAGCCAUCCUUGCAGGUGACAGUACGGUGCAGCCUGCUGCCUGUCCCUGGGAGUGUGCCUGCCCAGGAGAGCACAGCAGGGAGCGCAAGGCAGGUGAUCACUGCGAGAUCUGGGUUUGUUCCUGUACGUGGUGAAGGAGCUGUUCUUGCUGCACAGUUUCUCCAGGCAACCUCAUGGUUAAAGAUGCAUAAACAAUAUGCAUUUGCCUUGCUUGCAUAAUUCCUAGGGGAUUAACAUGCCCCAGUAGAAACAGCUUCUCUCUACUCCUCCUGUGCAGAGUAGCAGGGGAAUCCAAAGAGUUUAUUGAUUCAGACAUGUUCCUUAAUUCGUGCCAUAUCUGUAGAGGCCUGACGGCCAUUAGCCAUCUGCUAUGAGCGGUGAUGCCUGCACAGACUUAUCUGCAUUUCUUUAUGAUCUGUCAUGUUGAUGGGUUCAGAUGCUUUUUGUGUAUGUGCACAUUUUUUCAAAGGGUUCGUAGCCAGUAUAUUCCUGUCUUGCUUACCAGAGGCAGGGAGGGAGUUCUACCUUCUUUUAAGAGCUAGCAAAUGGGAUCCACAUUUAACCUGAGUACCUUUGAAUACAUAUUAAGGUUUAUAUCUAACAAAAGGAUCAUAACUCUAUGCAUCUCAGUGGGAAUAAUGCGGAUUUCUGUUGGAGAGAUUUUGUGAAUAGAUGAGGACAACUUGGGUCAGACAUCAGUGAGAGCUAUCUGCAAAGUAGGGAGCCAGGUUGAACUUUUGGCUACGUUAUUGAGUUCCUCUUCUGGCAUCUGAUAAUUUUUUUUGUGGGAGAGAAACUCAGGAAAGACAAUUAGUAAAAAAAUCUGCUGCUUUGCCAAAAAAGAGACUCUCCUGCAGUCUCAGGUAAAACACCAGCUUGAGAGAAGCUAGAACUGCACAUAUCACACCUAUGUUUAGUCUCUCAAAAACCAUUACUCAUGUGAAAGCCGUGCAGCACUGUUUAUCAUCCCUCACCCUUGGCAGUGAUGCUGGGGCAGUGUCUGCAGUGAACUGGGCAUCCAGUUUCUGCUCGGCAGAGGUUUCAGUACGUUGCCUCACGUUCUAGCACUGCCCUGGAUAUUUAAUGGCAGAUUCUGGGGAAUAACAUACCCUGUGUUAUGAUGUUUCGGUUCAGUGGGAUUGUAUGCAAUGGAGACUCGAGGGAGGUUUGGCCGGUGAAGCGGCUGUCAGCCACAUCCUGCUGUGGGCUACCUUCGGGAGGGCUGUUAGUGCUAACGCAGCCUUUCUGGGGUUGCUUGGGGGAUCUUGGCGCUGAGAGCGUGCGUACCCCACUGCGGCAGGAGCCGGCUCUGCAGCACCGCUUGGCGCCUGGAUGAGCCGGGCACCUGGGAGCCUCCAGCUCUGCCGAGGCCUUCAGUGUCAGUCCUGGGAACGUUUCUGCACCCAAAUCGUGUGGAAAGCUUUGUUCAUUGUUUUAGUAUUAUUUAAAAAUGUGCAUACUCUCUAUGUGAUUUGAAAACAGACUGUUUACACAAAAUAUUUUGUAUCUUAAGAUGUGUGUACUGUAAAAAGAAAAAAAAAAAAGAAAGGAUGAAAAGCGAUGUUUUUCUACAACUGUCAGCAGUGACUGCAUGUCUGUAUCAUCAUCCACUGACCGUUGUUCCUCAGGGGUCUCCCCGCCAUUCCUGUGAUCCUGUUAAAAGCAUAGGGAAGCAAGUGAAUCCCUGUACAGUCUUGGGAAGAAGGUUUUGUGCCUUAAGAAUGGGACCUGCUUCCCUCCUAUUUAUUGUGUUAAUUUAUACAGUGAUUACCAUGGAAAUGUCUCUUGUAUUUUUUUUGUACAUAGUUUACUGUUGAUUGUUGUAAAUAAGUUUUUCUUGUAUAUAAAGUAAACAUGUUUCUGAGCUUCCAGUAAAGAUUCUCUGUUACUGAUUUCCUUGUGUGAGAGGGCUGCAGUGCCCGUCUGGUGGGAACCAGCUAAUAAAAAUCUGUGCUGUGAUAAAAUGAGUUGCAUUGGAAGUUCAGAGCUGUUCCUUACAGAGGAGUGAAAUGGUAAAUGUGAUUGUUGUAGAUCAGUUUUGUAGCAUUUCUUUGCAUUGGUUUAAUUGACAUAGAGUAGAAGACAUCAUAUAGUUUAUUUUUAUUAGCUGUAUCUCUGCAGUGAACAAAAGAUGUUUUAAACCUGCUGGUUCUACUGCUGCUUGUCCUGAUCCAUAGCUCCACUGUCUGCAAACCCACAGCUAGAUGGGAAGAUGCUCACAGAAACUCAGCAGGUUGUUUGUUAGUUACCUCUCACUGGGUGCUGUGGUGUGACCACAUCUUCCUGGUCACGGUGGUGUAGUGCCGUGAUGAGAGACAGAGGAAGUUCUUUCUCUACUCCACUUGGUCCUCUGUGCCAUUUAUUGCAGGCAGUAUAUAUUGUAACUGGAAUAAGUGAAAGUGCAUUUACAAAAAUGUGGGAGAAAUCAAUUUUCUCAUGUAAUGCAAACUUGAAGCUAAAAGAUUUGGAGAUGUUUGGGCAAGCAGAUCAUGGAUCAGACUGUGAUGAGCUUUCUCUUCUAUCUGUACAGAUUGAUGCAUUUGUAAGAUGCUGACAAGAAACUUUCAGCACAUCAAUUUAAACUGUGAGGAUGGUUGUAGAGUUCCAUAGUAACUGUUGCAAAGUAAAUGGAAAGUAACUUAGAAUGUUUGUGAAUAUCUUCAAUGUGAAAAAGGCCUUUGUACUUGAUCGUUAAACUUGAAUUGCUUCGUAUGGAAAGAACAGUUUAUGUGAUGGGAACAUAAGAAAUCCUAGUAAUGUUAUAUACUGUUGCAAGAGAAAUGGUGAAAUUGAUCAUUAAAUUGUUGGUUACCUAGUCCUAGUAAUAAGGAGAGAAGAAAAAUUAGUGCUUUUGCUCAUACACACACCCCGAACCUGAGUGCUGGGCUCUGCAUUAAGUAGCGCUACUGAAAUGCAGAGAAAGCAGCAGUAGAGAGACAGAAGAUAUGCUUACUCCUCUGAUGCAGGUAAUUUGUUUUGGUCUUUUUUUUAUUCAUGUGGCAGAGGCCAAUAGCAAGAAACUCUCCACCCAGCUCAGUUUAUCACUACUGGGAUAUCAGACCUGCUCAGGGCUGCCUUCCUCUUGGUUUGAUUGAUAAUUAUCUAAUGAAUUCUUAGGAGGACGGAGUGGAUUUGGAGACGUGUGCUGUAAAGACCUUGCAAAAUACCAAUGGGUUUUUUUUAAAAAAAUGUAUUUUGCUGCUAUUGCCAUUAUCCUAUGUGGUGUUGGCUUGGGUUUUUUAAUGUGUUUGGUUUUUUUAAUACAGUGUAAAGCGUCAGGAGAGCUAAGGAGAAGUUGAGGAAAUCUCCCACUGAAUGGGCAGCACUGGAAAUGAACAGGUUUAGAAGAAGCCCUGUCAUUCCUUACCUGUAAAGCAGCUUCAGAGCCAUAAGAAUGAAGAGAUUCCAAGACCACGGAAAGUGACAUUUUGUGUUAAUGUCAGCUAAAAGAUACACAGCAGUUCUCUAGCAACUUCUUUCUGAAGUUCCAGCAUUUUGCUGGCUUACCAAGUGACCUGGAAGGUACAAGUUUUUGUUUUCACAGCAAAGGAAGAGGUAGAGGAGUUUGCAUAUGACCUAAAAGACACACCACUUUUGUUGACUUCGGGGUAAAAUACAAGUCAGAAAAGCAUAUAGCUUUUCAUAAGGGCAACAAGGAAGGGGACAAUUUCUGGGUUCUUGUCUUUUAUGAGCAGGUUGGCAGACGGGCUGUAUUGGAAACAGGAGUUGGAGCAUUCACAGCAGCAGUCCCCGGCAGCCUGCUGAGGACACGCUCUGAGCUGCCACAGGCUGCCCACAGAGAGAUGUUUCUGUUCUCAUGGGUGAGCAGUGCAAAACUGGCCUCCAAGGACCUUUUUUUUUAAGAAGCGUAGCCCAAGGAGACUAAUACUUCAGCUUGGUGCCCUAGGGAAGCAAGAGUAUGGUUUGUCUGGUGCCACGUGUAUCAGCCUGUCUUAACCCUUUUAAUGCCUGUUUGGAACUUACUGUCUCAGGUGGUUCACGGGGCUCACAGAACAUUACAUUUCUACAAGUCUUGCAAGAAAUUAGUACCCAGGAUGAGAGGGGGACCUUGGUAGUGCUCUAGCAGGAAGAGGCUCCAUUGUGCAUAUAGGAAGUAGGCUUAGUUCUUUUAUUGCUCAGUGAAUUAUUCAGAUUUGUUUCAAAUUAAAAGCUGUUAUGGUGAGGUAGGAAGAACUGAUGGAUGCAACAUGAGAUUGAUUGCUGAAAAGCUGUGGGGUUUGAGGCCUUGUAGCUCUGCUGCCUCAGUUCCCCUGUCUAUCAAAAGUUACAUCUGCCUAAAUUUAUGGAAAAUUACAGUUUAAAUUAUAAUUUCAAUUUAGAAAAAUUCAAGAGGAGUGAUUCAUCAUUCCUGGCUAAGAAGCUAAAGGCAGAGAACACAUUUGAGAGUUUUCCAGAAGCUUUCCUGUAGAAGAGGCAAAACCAAAGCAUUUGAUGUUUUUAUACACAGGGGAAAAAAGAACAAAGUGCACAGUCUGGUGUGUUCAGGAUAUCUUUAAGCUGUGAAAUUUGAAAGAUCAUCCAUGAUACUUUCUUACUUCAGGGAGGUGAUUUCAUUUGAUUAUUAAUACCUGUUCAUAACAUACUGUGAAUCAGAACUCUCCAAAGUGUUAAUUCAAAUGACGUGGAGCCUCUGUUUUGCCAAUCUUUCGUGAAGUUUUUCUGUUUUCUCCUCUUUACCCUCUUCUAGACCUCCUCAGAAAAAUCACUAUUAAUGAAGGUGAACUAGAAAGUAGUGAGCCCAACACUGUAAUUGUUUAGAUUGAAAUGGUUCCCUGGCAUGCAAAGCUGGGCAGAUCUUGAAGUAUCCUAGAACAUAUUUUCUUCAGUCCCCUGCACCUGGGGAUUAUCGUUACCUGAGAGCCUAAGCACUGGCUUUGAAAGUGUGUAUUUCUGCACUGCAGUAGCAAGAGAAAUGGGAAAGCAAGAAUAUAAAGCCCCCAAAACACAAGGGUUGAUGUAGAACUAAGUUCAUUCUUUGUGCAUAUAGGUAUAGGUUUAGUUUUUUAGGAGGCUGACAUACUGGUUUAGAUGUUUGAGGUUGGCAGUUGAUGUGCGUGUCCUAAAUUUCCAAUUGAUACCAAAUCUUAGAGACAAAAGUAUAUUCAAAACCAUGUAAUCUAUAUGGUAGUGAAGUGCUAUUUCUAGAUAGCCGGGGCAGCUACAAAUGUUGUGAGUAAUACAUGGUAUACAUGGUACUACACUUGUUUCUUUUUAGAUUUCCUAUUUUAUGUUUCCUGUCUUCAGGUGUGUUUCGUAAACUUUAUUUUCAGCAAAAAUCUGUUACCAUUAUCGUCAGCUGAAAUUUUCUUGCUGAAUGGCUGAAUUGAGGAUAAAGAAUAUAUCAGCAGUGUUUUGCAGUGCACACAUCUUCCUCAACUGUGAUUUUGGAUGCCGCAAUCUUUUUUUUUUUUUUUUAGCCCAAGUCCCAGACUGAUGAACUUUGAAACCUUUGUUUAAAGAGAGCUUGUUUUCAGGAAAGUCCAUGGUCAAGUUUGUAAGGGAAAAAGAAAAAAAAGUUUUGUAAGAAGUCAGAACUCCCCUAAAAAGUGUUACUGGACAUGAGCCGAGAUCCUGGGGGGCGGCCCACCUUUUCCUGGCACCCAGUGGCACUUUCCCCGAUGAAGGACCCCAAGGACACACAGUUGCAGAGGUAAUUCGCAUGAAGGUAUCACACGCUGUACAGCUCUCAGAGGUGUUGCUGCACAAACUGCUUUCCGAGAAGGGGGACGUGUUGGUUCGUACCAUCUCUGAUGCAGAAAAACUUCUGAAAAGGAUUGUAUUUUUUCUCUAAAAUGUUUAAAAUUCAAUAGAAGAUUUUGCGUUGAUGAGAGCUAAUCCAGUACACCAAAAGAUGCAGCAUGCUGGUACAAGCUUCUUGCCCUGGCAGCAGGCAGCUGAUGGGGCAGGCACAGCCUGCUGGUGGCUGUAAGGGGGCUUAGUUGCCUUGGCUGUUUUGUGGUGGAACCUUCGAUGAGAAAGUAAAGUGGGAGGGCUCUUAAAAAUAGUAAUGUGUGUCCCUUUUGGGUGAUUGCAUGCUGUGAGAAGGUGGGAGGAUCUCUCAAGAGAUCUCAGCACUGGGUGGUUACACUUACAAACUAAGUAUAACCAUUUCUACUUGCCAGAGAAUCAAAAGAGAAAAAAAAAAAAAAAAAAGGCAGAGUGGAUGCCCCAACUGUUUCACUUUUCUCCUGCAUGCGGGUAAAUUGUCAAGCUUCCCCUGAGCACUGUUUGCUUAAUGACUAAAAAAGAAAGCACUUCAUGUCACUCCAAAGAGUAAAUAUCUGAAGUUAUGGAUUAACUAAGUUCCAGCAGAGCUCAUGGUGGAAGAAUAGAUCACGCUGAUUCACACUGAAUAAAGCAGUGACUCCUGCUGCACUAUGUGGAAGCUCGUCACCAUAGGGGUGCUGCUGGCUGCCUGCUCUUCACGAGUCUGUAGUACCUCAAUAUUUUACAGUGAUAAAGAUGCAAACCAAGUCCUGAAAAUUCAGAAGCGAGCAAACUCUUUUCUGGAGGAGCUCAAACCGGGCUCUCUGGAGCGUGAGUGCAAUGAAGAGAAGUGUGACUUUGAGGAGGCCAGUGAGAUAUUUGAAACCAGGGAAAGAACACUAGAUUUUUGGACCAAGUAUGUAGAUGGAGAUCAGUGUGACACACAGCCUUGUUCCAAUGGGAUCUGCAAGGACAAUAUUGGAGAAUUUUCCUGCAUCUGUAACAAAGGCUGGGAGGGGGCGUUGUGCAAUUAUGAGGUGAAAUACACCAACUGUUCUGUCAAUAAUGGUGGAUGUGAACAUUUCUGUAGGGAUGACCCUGCCAAGCAGUACCGCUCUUGCAGCUGUGCCUCUGGGUAUCAGCUGAUGAGUGACCAUACCAUGUGCAAGCCUGUAGUGGAGUUCCCUUGCGGAAGAGUGAAAAUGGACUACAUUGAACCCAAAGCAGGAUUCAAUAUUCGGCUCAUCGAAGGAAAAGUAGGAAGAAGGGGAGACAGCCCUUGGCAGAUUAUGCUGCAAAAUAUCAAAGGGAGAUUUCUGUGUGGGGGUGUUCUCAUCCAUCCAUCUUGGGUCCUAACGGCAGCACACUGCACUGAGGCACAAGAGGGGAUCAAAGUAAGACUCGGUAAAUUCCACCGUUUCCGUACUGAGCCAGACGAGCAAACCAUUUGGGUUGAUAAACAUGUGAGCCACAAAAAUUACACCAAGACAACCUCUGACAAUGACAUAGCCAUGCUGCACUUGGCUGAGCCCGUGAUAUAUAACAAAUACGCGCUCCCCAUCUGUCUUCCCACCCGCGACCUGGCAGAACAGGAGCUGACAAGAACUGGGAAGCAGAUGGUGGUAACUGGCUGGGGCAGCACAACUGAUGUUAAACAGAAUUUCUCUACUCUCCUCAGUUAUAUUCAAAUCCCCAUGGUUCCGCGGAAUGAGUGCGCUCAGGCAAUGAGAUCUGCUAUCUCUGACAACAUGCUGUGUGCUGGCAGCUUAGGAGACAGAAAAGAUUCCUGCAGUGGGGACAGUGGAGGCCCUAUGAUCACUAAAUAUAAGGAUACUUGGUUUUUGGUAGGACUGGUGAGCUGGGGUGAAGGCUGUGGAAGAAAGGAGAAAUUUGGAGUCUACACCAAGGUUAGUCAGUAUCUUGAGUGGAUCCAGCACCACAUAGAUGAGAUGUCAGCUUCUCGGAAGGGUUGAUUCCAGUACUGAGUCUGGAAUAUUGUGGUUAUGUGCUAGUGACAGUAUGCAGUGUAACGUACUGUCAGAUCUUCAGUAUUAAAUAUUGAGUAUAUAUUAACCUUGUGUACUGUUUUCCUUGGUACCUAUUUUUUUUACUUUAUUUUUUUCCUUUUUUACGUUGUUUAUAUUGGUUAGUUUCCAGGUUAUGUUGUUUAUUUGUAGCAUGGUCCUACCUAGGCCUUACAGACAAGAAAUAAUACCCUGUUACACUGAGAUGCUGUACAGCAUUAUAGAAAAUAAGAUAGUCCAUGGUCAGGCAACUCCAUCUUUGAAAUGUGAAAUAACUGAAUUCGUUGGGGCGGGGAGCAGGGGGGGAGAGUAAAGUGCUUUAACAAUCACCAUAGCGAUACAGUUCUGUCAUUUCAGCUUUACUCUAACACAUCCACAGUAACUGUUCUGGUUUGCUCUGUAUUUGUAUAAUUUUUCUUUCAACACAAUGAAAUUUUAAUAUCAUCACUGCCUAUACUCAUUCACACUUGCUCCAGUGCUCACAGAUAAAGUUGAUUCAGCAGGUCACUAGAACUUAUCUGUAUUUUCUAUUCUUUGAACACUCAACGCCUGAUUUA